AUAUUUAAAUUUCUCUGUUUUUAUUAAGAGAAUCAAUCAAGUACAUGAAGCCAUAAGACAUUGCCCAAGGUCUUGUAGACAAGACAUCAAUUCAAACACAUGAGAGCAUAACCCCCCAUAAGCCUUCUUUUUCUCCAAAGCCUCCAUUUUCAGAUCUUAGGCAUAAAACAUACAAAAAAUCUUAGCUUCAUCACUUUCCAUAUUCAACAAUAUACACUAUUACACAAAAUGGUGAGUGAUGGUAAUAGUGUUGAAAAGUCAUUUAGAAUAAAACAAGAUGACAAGUUCUUUUCAAGGUUAAUGUCAAAGGAAACUUCCAUGGCUAAUUCUUCUUCAAGAGUCUUCUAUUAUGGUGAAUCUUCGGUUGCUGCUGUUCCUUUUGUAUGGGAAGAACUACCUGGUACUCCAAAACACUCUUUGUCCGAAACAUCAUUGUUGCCACCUCUUACACCACCACCUUCUUAUUAUUCUAAGUCCAAUCACAAUAGAAGAAGAAUAAUAAGAAGAAAUAGUAGUUUAUCAAAAUCACAUAACAUGUUCUCAUGUAUUUUCCCAAUAAGGUUUGUGGAAAAGUCCAAGAAGAAGACACAUAUAUUAACAUCAUCAUCAUCAUCUUUGUCAUCACCAUCAUCAUCCCCAUCAUCAUCAUCAUCAUCAUCUUCAUCAUCAUCAUGGUCAUUAGUGUAUCCUUCUACUUCUAAUUCCUCAUGUUCCAUCAAAGAUCAAGGAAGCCUCUCUUUCUCGGAGUACUCAAGAUCUAACAAUGAUGAAGAUGAUGGUUCUUUCUCCAAACAUAAGGGUUCAAAGGGAUUUAUUAGAGGCUGCUAUCUUUUUCGGAGGAGCAUUAAUUGAAGAGUAAUGAUGAUAAUGCAAUUUUAAGUCAUGUGCCAAAUGUAAUGUUACAUGUGAAGUAGCAGCGACAAUUCCAACGUAACCGGGACAGAGGCAGCGGCACCAACUACGAUCACAGCAACAAUUUCAACAUUUUCGACAGAACACAGCAAUACUAAAACAAAGAUAUUGGCUACCGUAAUUAGAAAAAGAAUAUAA